AUGGGUUAUGGCUACUGUCUGGUUUAUGGCUACUGUCUGGGUUAUGGCUACUGUCUGGGUUAUGGCUACUGUCUGGGUUAUGGCUACUGUCAGGGUUAUGGCUACUGUCUGGGUUAUGGCUACUGUCUGGGUUAUGGCUACUGUCAGGGUUAUGGCUACUGUCAGGGUUAUGGCUACUGUCAGGGUUAUGGCUACUGUCUGUUUUAUGGCUACUGUCUGGGUUAUGGCUACUGUCAGGGUUAUGGCUACUGUCAUGGUUAUGGCUACUGUCAGGGUUAUGGCUACUCUCAGGGUUAUGGCUACUGUCAGGGUUAUGGCUACUGUCUGGUUUAUGGCUACUGUCUGGUUUAUGGCUACUGUCAGGGUUAUGGCUACUGUCAGGGUUAUGGCUACUGUCAGGGUUAUGGCUACUAUCUGGGUUAUGGCUACUGUCAGGGUUAUGGCUACUGUCUGGGUUAUGGCUACUGUCAGGGUUAUGGCUACUGUCAGGGUUAUGGCUACUGUCAGGGUUAUGACUACUGUCAGGGUUAUGGCUACUGUCAGGGUUAUGGCUACUGUCAGGGUUAUGGCUACUCUCUGACUCUAUAG